AUGUGUGAUGCUAAGCUUAAGACCAAAUAUGCUCUAUUUUGCUCUGUACCCAAUGCGGACGUGCUUCCAAAAUUAAGUGAGUUCUCUACGUGGUUCUUACAAAGCUUAUCCAAGGAAGCAACAACUAUUGGACUUUAUUAUGAUUUUGAAUCUAAUCCAACAACUAUUGUACAGAUCAAACCAGGAGAUUUAGAAGGAUGUGCUGCAGCUUAUGAAGCUCUUAACAAGGAAAAUCCUUCAGUUCAAUUAGUUUUGCAUAUACUGCCUGGUGCUUAUUCAGACGAAUACGAUUGGAUGAAAUCUCUUGCUACCCGCUUCGGACUUGUAAGACAAGGUGUUUUGUUCGAAAAUGCUUUGAACCGUUUUGCUACCAUGAAACAUGAUGAAGUUUUCAAAAAUGUCGCCCAAUGGAUUUCCCGAUCAUUAUACAAGUUAUGUAACUCUAGGAAUAUCGGAGAUCGUGCUAUCGACAUUAGGGUGGGAACUUCUAAGGUACUUGCUAACGUCAAGGCUUACAAUCCUCAGCUCAUACAAUCUGCUGUCAGUUUGGUACUUCAUGGAACUGAACCCUCCGUAUGUAGGGAAGAGUCGGCUGUAAGUGUGGAAGGAUUCUCCAGUGCAUUGAACGAGUAUGGUGUCUCACAGCUCUUCGACAACCUCUGUGUAACUGGAGUCAGCUUAACUCCUAAUGGAGCCGUGGUUACAUUUGUAAACAAAUUCCAUGCAUAUCAAGCUUGCUCCUUGAACAAUACCUUUUUGGAUCGUGUGCACACCCUUCGUGUUCGCCCAUUAUCUAAAGAGCAGCGAGAAAGCCGUCUGAGAUUGACCGAAUCCUUUACAUUAUGGUGCUCACCGGAUAACCCGCAAAAGAGAUUAGAAGCAAAGAUUAAUAGAAACAACGCUAGUUAUGUAUUUCAAUCGCCUACUGUUGCCGAUAGUGGAGAAUAUUCGUGUGAUCUUCAAACCCUUCAUGGACGUAUUACUGGAAAAAUCAAUGUGUAUGUGAGACCGUUGGCUGCUUCAAACGAUGAGCACUUCACUGCCAUAAAAGAUUUCAAUGUUGCAGCUCCUAGAGUUCAAGCAGUGGCUGGAUCUGAUGUGAACUUAACUUGCCCCGUACUUGCGUAUCCGAAACCAGCGAUAUUCUGGAAGAAAGACAAUAAACCAGUAGAGUUGAGUGAAAAUGUAAUUGUGGAUGGUUCAACGAUCCGUAUCAAGAACAUUGAUGAAAACUUGGUUGGUCACUACAGCUGUGAAGCUCGUAAUGAGUACAAUAUUGGUGGAAGGAUUUACAGCUCUCUUCUUGUUAUCGAAAGAGACUUAAUCGUAAAAAGUGAAUUAGCUUGGAUUUGGCCGUUGUUGGUGAUAAUUUUAAUAUUGGUGACGUUGGUAGUGAUAAUCUUUAUCUGCGAAAUCCGCAAAAAAAGACAAAACAAACAAUCGCGAUACUCUGCCCAGGAAUGA